AUGGAGCCAGGCUUGCUGGUGUGGGGACUCUUCACCAUCAUCAUGGUACCCGGCUGCGUGACAGAGCUCUGUGAGGACGACCCACCGACUCUCAGACACGCCACGUUCAAGGCCCUCACCUACAAGGUCGGCACCCUACUCAACUGCAACUGCGAGAAGGGCUUCCGCAGGAUAAGCAAAGGGUCUCUCGCCAUGGUUUGUAAAGGAAACUCGAGCCACUCUUUCUGGGAACAGACGUGUCACUGCGUCCGGACUUCUUCUAGGAAGACAGAAAAACAAGUUACUCCUAAACCUGAAGAACAGAUGGAAGGGAAAACCACAGAAAUGCAAAGCCAAACACAGCCCAUGGACCCAGUUAACCUUCCAGGUCACUGCAGGGAGCCUCCGCCCUGGGAACACGAAGCUUCGGAGAGAAUUUACCAUUUUGUGGUGGGGCAGACAGUUCACUACCAGUGCGCCCAGGGAUUCAGGGCCCUACAGAGUGGUCCUGCCAAGAGCGUCUGCAAAAUGAUGUGUGGGAGGACAAGGUGGACACAGCCCCAGCUCAGGUGCACAAGUGAAAGCAAGAACAGUGAGUUUGCAGGUGACAAAGAGCUUCAAGCAAGCACUGAUGCUUCUCCUGGGAGUGAAACGUCCUGUCCCCUAAUAAUGACAGGUACCACAGAUUUUCAAACACGUACAGAAGUGGCUGCAACCACAGAGACGUUCAUAUUUACAGCCGAGUAUCAGAUGGCAGUGGCCGGCUGCAUUCUCCUGCUGAUCAGCAUCCUCCUCCUGAGCGGGCUCACCUGGCAGCGCAGAUGGAGGAAGAGUAGAAGAACCAUCUAG